GCCACUACCAGCCAUGACUUCCAUAAAGGAGCAGGCAGCCAUCAGCAGAUUAAUAAGUUUCCUGCAAGAAUGGGAUAGUGCUGGCAAAGUUACUCGAAACCACAUUCUGGAAAAUUUUAUCUUAGCCAACCAAGGCAAAACAGGUCCAGAACUAGAGAUGGAAUUCUCUCAGGGAGCCAGUUUGUUUCUGGCCCGUCUAACUGCCUGGCUCAGGCUGACGUAUAUGUAUGGAACAUGCCUAGAAUACCAGUUGAAGUCCAUUAGCAUCUUCCUAUCAGCUGCAAGUGGCCAGCGGUACCUUAUUGAAUUCUUGGAAAUUGGUGGUAUCCUCACACUGCUGGAAAUACUUGGACUCAAUCAACUGAAAGAAGAGGACAAAAGGGAGUCCAUAAAGCUUCUUCAAUUGGUAGCAAGUUCUGGCAGGAAGUUCAAAGAGCUUAUUUGUGAAAGCUAUGGUGUACGAUCAGUUGCAGAGUUUUUGGCUACAUCCAAGUCAGAAGAGACUCAAGAACAAGUACAGAUUCUUCUGGAUGCUUUAGGCCAUGGCAAUCCCAAAUACCAAAAUCAGGUGUACAAAGGCCUGAUUGCUCUUCUGAAGUGCACUUCCCCCAAAGCCCAGCAACUGUCCCUGCAAACACUCAGGACAAUACAGACUAUUGUGGGGAAAGCCCAUCCAAGCAUCGUGGGCUCUGUACUGAGUGUGCUCCGCUCUCUGCAUUUGGAAGUGCAAUAUGAAGCAAUUCAACUGAUCAAGGACCUCAUGGCCUAUGAUGUGCGGCCAGCAUUGCUUAAGGGACUGGUUGCAUUGUUAAAGCCAUCAAGACAGGAGACUGCCAAAAUGCAAGCCCGAAUCCUGGAAGAAACAGGUACAUUACACUUGAUGGAGUCCUUGCCAGCAUAUAUUCAGCAAGCUGCUGCAGCUAAAGCAAUUGGUAUUCUGGCCCAGGACUCCAGAGAAUUGGCUGAGGAACUGCUCUUCUUGAGAGUGGUGCACAGCCUCAUGUGUGCCAUGAGCAACAAAGAUCACACCAACUGCCAGAGGCAGGCCAGCAUCACACUAGAGUAUUUUGUGAAGAAGUUCAUAGUGGUGGAGAAUCACGUAAAGACAGCCAUGGGAGAAAAAUUGUUCCAGCUAUUCAUGCAAGAUGCUACGAACUUGUAUCUGAACAUGGAUGCUGUGCAGGCUGAAAUCCUGACCACCAAUAUAGUCAAUAUUCCAGCAGAUUUUUUGGCAAUAGGAAAAAUGGAUUUCCCAGUGGCAGAACCACGCCCUGAAGAAGAAUUGCAGACUGAAGAUGGGGAUAUAACUCCUCUACCAUCUACCUAUUAAUUCCCUUCAACUAUUGAGCACUAUUGUCCAUUUUCAUCUUGUUCCUAUUUUUCUAUAUGCCCCUUUCACUUCUAUUUCUUUCCAGGGCCUUCCAUCCACCCCGAUGAGAACAGA